CCGGAUUCAUUCCUGUGGGGCGCGGGGCAUGGAGGAGCUGUGCGGCCGCAGACGGAGCGGGGCAGUCCGGGCGACAGGGACAACGGUUUCCAUUUGAAGGGGCGGCCGGAGCCGGAGCAGCGGACGGCGGGAGUACCAGCCCCGGGGCAGUUUGGUGCUCUGCUUCUCCGAUGUUGGAAUGCGAUAGGACUGAACAUACUCUCGGUGGUUUUAUAUCCGUUCUGGGGCGCGGUGACUAACAUUGAACUUUGGCUCCUGUAACUUGCCUGCGUGGAGAGUUAAGCUGGAGCUUUGCUUUGAAGGAUAAAUAAAGCUCAGCCUCCCGACUGGACAUAAAUGGAUCUAAAGACAGCCGUGUUCAACGCAGCGCGCGAUGGCAAACUCCGGCUGCUCACCAAGUUGCUGGCUAGCAAAUCUAAAGAGGAGGUUUCCUCCUUGAUCUCGGAAAAAACAAAUGGGGCCACCCCACUGUUGAUGGCUGCCAGGUAUGGGCACCUCGACAUGGUGGAGUUCCUUCUAGAGCAGUGCAGUGCUUCCAUAGAAGUUGGGGGCUCUGUCAAUUUCGAUGGGGAAACCAUUGAGGGGGCCCCCCCUUUAUGGGCCGCUUCUGCAGCAGGACAUCUGAAGGUUGUCCAGUCUUUGUUAAAUCACGGAGCAUCUGUCAACAACACGACCUUAACCAAUUCAACUCCUCUUCGAGCUGCGUGCUUCGACGGCCAUUUGGAAAUAGUGAAGUACCUUGUGGAACACAAAGCCGAUUUGGAGGUGUCCAACCGACAUGGGCAUACAUGCUUGAUGAUUUCAUGCUACAAAGGACACAAAGAGAUUGCUCAGUAUUUACUUGAAAAGGGGGCAGAUGUUAAUAGAAAAAGUGUUAAAGGCAACACUGCGUUGCAUGAUUGUGCAGAGUCUGGAAGCUUGGACAUCAUGAAGAUGCUGCUUAUGUAUUGUGCCAAGAUGGAAAAAGAUGGCUAUGGAAUGACUCCUCUUCUCUCAGCGAGUGUGACUGGUCACACCAAUAUUGUGGAUUUUCUCACACACCAUGCCCAGACCAGCAAGACAGAACGUAUCAAUGCUCUGGAGCUUCUGGGAGCUACGUUUGUAGAUAAAAAAAGAGAUUUACUUGGGGCUUUGAAAUACUGGAAAAAGGCAAUGAACAUGAGGUACAGUGAUAGGACUAAUAUAAUUAGUAAACCAGUUCCACAGACACUAAUAAUGGCUUAUGAUUAUGCCAAGGAGGUAAACAGUGCGGAAGAAUUAGAAGGUCUUAUUGCUGACCCUGAUGAGAUGAGAAUGCAAGCGCUGUUAAUUAGAGAACGUAUUCUUGGUCCUUCUCAUCCUGAUACCUCUUACUACAUUAGAUAUAGGGGCGCUGUCUAUGCCGACUCUGGAAAUUUUAAGCGAUGCAUCAACCUAUGGAAGUAUGCUUUGGAUAUGCAGCAGAGCAAUCUGGACCCAUUAAGCCCAAUGACUGCUAGCAGCUUACUGUCUUUUGCUGAACUCUUUUCCUUUAUGCUACAGGACAGGGCUAAAGGAUUGCUGGGUACUACUGUUACAUUUGAUGAUCUCAUGGGCAUACUGUGCAAAAGCGUCCUUGAAAUUGAGCGAGCUAUCAAACAAACUCAGUGUCCAGCAGACCCAUUGCAGUUGAAUAAGGCUCUUUCCAUCAUUUUGCACUUAAUUUGCUUAUUAGAAAAAGUUCCUUGUACUCUAGAACAGGACCAUUUCAAAAAGCAGACUAUCUACAGGUUUCUUAAACUGCAUCCAAGAGGAAAAAAUAACUUCAGCCCUCUUCAUCUGGCAGUGGACAAGAAUACUACAUGUGUAGGGCGGUACCCUGUUUGUAAGUUUCCAUCUCUGCAAGUUACUGCGAUACUGAUAGAAUGUGGUGCUGAUGUGAACGUCAGGGACUCUGAUGACAACAGUCCCCUACAUAUCGCUGCUCUGAACAACCAUCCAGACAUCAUGAAUCUCCUUAUUAAAUCAGGUGCACAUUUUGAUGCCACAAACUUACACAAACAAACUGCUAGUGACUUACUGGACGAGAAGGAGAUAGCUAAAAAUUUGAUCCAGCCCAUAAAUCAUAUCACAUUGCAGUGUCUCGCUGCUCGUGUCAUCGUGAAUCAUAGAAUAUAUUAUAAAGGGAAUAUUCCAGAAAAGCUAGAGACCUUUGUUUCACUUCAUAGAUGAUAAUUGAAACUGUACUUCAGCACUGUUAAAGCACGACUUGGUAACAGUUGAUUCAUAAAUGAGCACUGUUGUGAUGACACCAGCAUUCAUUUAGCUUGAUAUCAUUGUGCUCUCAUUGGCUAAAGCAUUGUAAGCAUCAAAUUUGCAGGAUUGGUUUCCCAGUAUUUAAUAUAAAUAGACCGUAUAAUAUAUUGUUUGUGAAUUAUUGAGAAAUGUGACGUCAUACUCAAAUUUCUGAAACUGUCUGCCAAAGGCCAUUCUGGUUUUGUUUGCUGUUGGGUGUUAGGGACAGAGUUAACUGUUUUCAGUGAUGUCUUUAUACUUUACUAGUUUGUGAAUUUUAUACAGUUGAAAGUCAUCUUCCCCGGCUCCCCUCUGUCUUCAAAUUUUGCCCGUUUCCACUUUAUUUUUCUCCCUAACUAUUUCCGCUACAAUGUUCCCCGAACCUUUGGAUCCAUGCUAGGUCAUAAACCUUAUGGACUUGUUCACCAUUUGCAGUUACCAUAAGUGCUUUAUCUUCUCUAUGCACCGGCUUAAACUGGACUGUUGUGUGUUGGCAUAUUCUCUAUGCAGCAGUUGGUCAACUUCAACUCAAAACACUGUUUUUCUAAGUUAUGAAGUUCCUGUCACAAGAGCACUCUUACAGCAUGUCAGUUUUUAGAGUUGCCGGUAAGCAAGUUAAGCUCAAGCUUUAAUUUUAUGUUUUGUUUGGUUUUGCUUUGUUUCUUCACAUCUGAGGUUUCUUCAAUCUACAGAAAAUUUUUAUAUGCUAAAUUUGGGAAACAAAUCUUAUUACAACUCAUUAACCCAGUUGAAAUUUAGGUCUGUCAUCUUAGUGUAUCGUGCAGUAAAGGAAGACCUUUCUAAAGUGACCUGCCUCUCAUACUGCUCCAGCGUUGUCCUGCUUGUGCUGAUGGUGUGACUAGGUAUAGAGAAUCUGCUUCAAUUUAACCUCAGAGUUUAUCACACAGCUUAAUGAGUCACAUUGAGCUAUUCAGUCAUUGAACUGCAGACCACUUUUAGUUACAAAAAGGCUAAAGCAUGUCAGUGGCAUGAUGCUUGCCAAGCCAGAUCUAGGCAUCUCAGAUAAUUAAGGUAUUUUAGUAUGCAAUUUACUGCCAUAGUAUCAAAGGUCAAUAACAGUGUUCUUUUUUCCUUUGUUUAUGUAUAUCUUUUAAAGAUAACGUGCAUGAAUUACUUUGAUCUCAAUUAUUUGUCACCCUAUUAAACACAAAAGAUUGCACAGUGAUUUCUGUCCCCUUAAUGAAAGCGCCUCCUUCUCUCCCCUCCCUGCCACUUCCCUUCCCCCAGCUCUUUCUCCCUUCUCCCUCUCAUUUUUUUCCCCUAUCAAAGAUUUGUUAAUGCCACAGAAAGGGCUCUUUUGACUUAAGAUAAGUGAAAAUUCAAACGAUUCAGGUAAUCACUCAGCACUUUACCGUAUUCAGUAGAAUUUAAAAUGGUACAUUGCCCUGGAGAUGUAAUAAGAAAAUUGUUAUGAAUGAAAUGCUCCUUACUUAUUCUAGAAAAACAACAGUCAGUUCACCUGUGAACUUUGUGGUCUGGGUCACUUGGAUUUAGGGGAUGCCAUUUUAUUCUGAGGGUUGAUGUAAUGUUACUUAAAGAAUUGUCAUUGCAAUCACAUUCAUCUUUAUUCAGUAAAAAUUUGUAAUGAAGGGUAGUGAAUAAAGAACAUUAGACUUUUUCAUUAAACAAUUGAGGUUUAAUUCUUUAAAAGGUAUCUUUACUCAUUUUACUGCAUUUUAAAUUAAAUUUUACCAUUGGAAAAAUGGAUUAGCUAUCAAUGGGCUCUUUUCAACCCUUUAAUGAAAAGGUUUUGCUAUGCUUUAUUUACUGUGGGCAAGUCUGAUAAGAUAUUUGAGCUGCUAUAUAUAAGAAUAAUAUACCAUUUAGACAGAUAUUCUAGAAAUAUCAAACUAUUUUGAAAUCAUCUGCCUCUAACUUUGUGGUAUGAAAAUUAUAUGUGAACUAUUUGGGGGGUGUUUUGGUUUUUUUGUUUGUUUGUUUUUUGUUUGAUUGGUUGGUUUGGUUUGGCUUUUGUUUUUUAAGAAAACUUAGCUAUUUUGGUAAAUCAUCAUUGGUUGAUCUCACUUUGGGAUAAAAGAUGACAAUUUGACUUAAAGGGAUUUAAUACCUGCCUCCCUGCUUUGCCCAAAAGAAUCUGGCUUACAUGGUCUUAGCUCCUUCUAAGGCUUACUGUUGUAUGGGUGGACUUGAAUUUCAUAAUCCAUAUGAAAUAAGGAUAUCCUCGCGUAGUGGCUUCCUUCACGAAGAACAGAGAUCUAGAACUGGUCUUUAGUCUUGAAAACCAUGAUGCUGUAUUGCAGUCAGAAUGUGCCUCCCCCGUUUCUGUUUGCCUACUCCAGAAAUGCCCUUGGGAGCUCUUGAAAAGGCAGUGAGGUAGCUCAAAAUUAGCCAUGAUUUUAUUUUAGAAUAAGAUGGUUCAGGUGUGCAACCUCAGAUAACUGUUAGGGCCUUUAUUUGAAAAUUGUGAGACUGAAUGAAAUAAAAUUCAAGUUUGUGGGUUCAUUUUUGUCCAUGGGGAGGAAAUGCUCUAAUGUACGAAUCAAACUAAACUGGACACCAUAGCUUGAUAGUAUUGGCUGGUAUUAAUGUUUAAAUUUCAACAAUGUUUCUCCAGAAAUGCCUCUGAAUUUCAGAUGUUCUACAAUUUUGAUCAUUAUUGUGAGAGAAAUGGUUAUUUUAUUCAGGUACCCGUCUCCUUUCUAAAGGCAAAUGAACUACAGUCUUAAAAGUGUCAUUGUUUUCUUAUCCUUAAGUCUGACAAGCAUAAGCCCCAAUCAGCAAGUUAACUUGGUGCCCUUUAUGAUUUUGAAGUUAAGUGAUUGCUCAUUUACAAAGAAGUAAUUUGCAAUACUUUUUAAAAACCCCAUUUACUGUAAGUUGAGAAAUUGUUUAGGUUAUAGUUUGAAAUUUAGCUUCUUAAAAUCAAAUUGCCCAGCAGAACCCUUCGCUGAAUGCACAGGUGUGUUCAUCCCUGUAAGUAUUUCCCAGUAGGGGCUGGGUGAGGAGUAGUGCUCUUACACCCUAGUCAGCAGCACCAUUGCUUGGAACCUGGACCACUUUAAAGUUAGGUAUAAAGGAAACUUGAAGUGCUUGUCAUCUUUUUUCUCUUCCCUCUUGUGUAUCACCAGACAACUAUCUUCUCUCCCUUUUGUUGGUGCCCAUUGUGUAUCUUUUAAAAGAAGUACUGUAUCCAGAUGCCAGCCAAUAAAUUGUCACACAAUGGAAAAAGAGUAUGCCACAGCAUUGUAAGGUUUAAUAAAAUUUAAGUUUGCACCAAA